CGUUGUUCACUCCCUUUCCCUGCAAGAUGGCUGGAGAAAUCUUCAGCAGCUCGGACCACCUGUGCGGCGUGGACCGCACCGAUGUCCACCCCCUGGUGUGUCCCCUGUGCCACGAGCAGUACCAGUCCCCGUGUCUGCUGGACUGCUACCACAUCUUCUGUGCCCGCUGCCUGCGAGGUCGGACCAGGGACGGCCGCCUCAGCUGCCCCCUCUGUGGGUACACAUCGAUUUUAAAAGGGAAUAGCUUGCUCCCUCCAGAGGACCGCCUGCUCAGGUUCCUGGUGGACAGCAAUGCGGAUGCUGAGGAGACAGUGAAGUGUGCCAACUGCGACCAGGAGAGUAACCACAAGGACGCCGUGGGGAUGUGCUUCUGCAACACCUGCAGCCAGCCGCUGUGCGGCGCCUGCAGGGAGUCCACUCACAAGGCCAGGAUGUUUUCCCACCACGAGAUCGUAUCGCUCGCCAAACGCUCCCAGGCCAAACACAGGAUGUGCUCGGUCCACGAGGAGCCCUACAUCCUGUUCUCCACAGAGAGUACGUCCAUGCUGUGCAUCAAGUGCUUCAGAGACAUGCAAGUGGAGAGCCGGACUCACUGCAUCGACAUCGAGACGGCUCACGCGAAGGGGUGCGAGAUGCUGGACCGGGCCGUGCUGGCGGUGAAGGAGCUGCAGACCUCGGCCGGGGAGGCGAUCGAUCUGCUGAGGGCGAUGAUCGGAGAAGUGUGUCUGAAUGUGGAGGAGGAAGAGCGGGCCAUCUGCUCUCUGUUCAACAGCCUGCAGGAAAAACUAGCCGAGAGGAAGAAGAUUCUGCUGAAAGCAGCUCAGAGUCAACAUGAGGAGAAGGAGAAAGCUCUGAGGGAGCAGCUCUCGCACCUUACUGCGCUCUUACCAACCCUCCAGGUGCACCUCGUCACCUGCUCGGCCUUCCUCGGCUCGGCCAACAAGUUUGAGUUCUUGGACAUGGGCUACCAACUGAUGGAGCGGCUGAAGAGGAUCGUGAAGCUCCCCCACCGGCUGAGACCCGCUCAGAGCAGCAAAAUCAACACCGACUACAGGAGUGAGUUCGCCCGCUGCCUGGAGGCCUCGCUGCUGCACGGCCAGCGCCGCCCUGCUUCUGUGGUCGGAUCUCUGAGCGUCGCGGCGAGGCACCAGUCCCCGCUCCGCUCCCCGUCCCUCAGCGAGAUGCCCCCGGGCCCUGUGUGCGGUCGAAGGCCCGCCUGUCGCCGCAAUGUCUGCACCAAGGUGCUCCUGGCCGAGGGGAGGGAAACCCCCUUCACCGAGCACUGCCGCAGCUACGAGAGCAGCUACAGGACCCUCCAGACGGAGAUUCAGAACCUGAAGGACCAGGUGCAGGAGCUGCACCGAGAUCUGACCAAGCACCACUCCAUCAUCAACACGGGUCGAAUGGGGGAGAUCGUGGACCGGUCGCUGCGCAUCGACAGCCGGAUAGCUUCCCAGCACUCCGCCGUGGAGACCGUGAGGGUCACGUUCGAGGAGAUCUGGGACGAGACCUUCCAGAGGGUCACCAAUGAGCAGGAGAUCUACGAAGCGCAGCUUCACGACCUGAUGCAGCUGAAGCAGGAGAACUCCUACCUGACCACCAUCACCCGACAGAUCAGCCCCUACAUCCUGUCCAUCGCCAAAGUCAAAGAGAGACUCGAGCCCAGGUUUCAGGAGCCUUCCGAUCGCCACGACGACCGCACAGAAACGAUGAUGAAAAUCUACGGCGGCGGCGCGAAGGCCGCAGGCGGCGAGGACAGCGACGACCAGGUCUGCGUGGACCUGGACCCAGACGGACCCAAGAACCCCCCCCUCCCGCCGCCCGCCGGUCCUCGGGCCCGGGGACGGCCCGCUCAAGACCGGGCGCCCGCUCAGGCCGAGGGUCGCCGCGGCGACGGCCAGCCGCGAUGAGAGACGCGAGACGCCUUCGUGGGACUUCUGUGUCCGGGCCUCGACCUCCUCGUCUGUGAGGAGGCUCUUCGUGACCUUUGCUCCGAGGGGAGACCUCGCAUGGCGCCGACCGCAAAGAGGUCAAAGACGCUCAGAGGACAAAGAUAGCGAGGAAUCAUUUUAGUGUUAUUCACCAUACGGAACAGAAGGAAUAUCCUUUUGAUCUUUUUGUUGAAAUGAUUUUAGUGUGUGUGUGUGUGUGUGUGUGUGUGAUUUGUUUUUUGCAUAAUCUUUUCUUUGCAUGAAGCAUUUUUUCGUGUGGCGGGGGGCGGGGGGGGGGGCUGAUGAUGGAUGGCCGCCAAAGUCUGACUCCCCAAAAGAUUGUUGAAUCGGUGCGACAGCACAGAUGGAACACUGCGAAUGCAACUGUGUGUGUGUGUGUGUGUGUGUGUGUGUGUCAGUGUGGGUCACAUGUUGGCGUGUGUCAUUUCCCGGAUGGUGUCUGCAGUUGGAUUUUUUUUUUUUUUCAACAUCUCAAUGCAGUGUGUGUAUGGAGCUGCC